AUGGUGCGGCUUCGAUCCGUGCGGUCCGGGCUUGGGGCAUCGGCCCUGAAUCAUGAUGGCCCAUCCCCGCCCCUCUUCCCCCUCCUUUUCUGCCUUUUGGCCUUGACCCCCCUGCAGCUGGCUGCCGGGCAGUUGUGCCAAACAGAGUCGGUGCCCUGGACCCUUUUGUUCACCCAUGACCGCAGUGCUGGUGGUGUAAGCCUGGACGGCACCAACGUGGCUACCAAAGCAACAGCCCCCACGCUGUCCACCUCCUAUGCGGCCGCCAUCUACUCCCGCCUUGAUGAACUGGCCCAGACCAACAACAGCCUCGUGAGCUGGGAUGGCUACUACUAUUUCCGUCUUCGCUGGCCUGAAAUCUGCCAGCAUCCCUUUUAUCAGUGUGAUGACAACGCCACCGACUACGUCAUUUGGCGCCAAACCUCCAACCCCAUGUUAUCCGAUCAAGUGACUGGCUACGAAUGGUUGGCGGGAUCUGCUUUUGAGAAUGCUUUUAGCGGCCUCCUCCCUGGCAGCAACGCCAUUUUGGAUGCUCAAGACGGCUUCAACUACUGGUACUCGGUUGGCGUUUAUUCUCUCCUCAACGACUUACUGAUGGGGCCCAUCCCCAACGGCGAGGCGUUUGGGCUUGCCACCACUCGCGUCGAACUUGCCAUCAAAGUAUAUGCCAACGAAAACGCAACCUUUGAGACUGGCUUUGGCACCACCUGCGGCGCCGAAUGGGCCACCUGCUCCCCGGCCACCGGCGCCUGCACGUGUCCCACCGCCUACAUGACUGGCGAUGGCGAUGAUCGCUGCUUCAACAUUGAUGAAUGCGCCGCCAUGACUUGCCAUGAGAAUGCUCACUGCGUCAAUCAUUGGUUCGGUGCCACCUGCCGCUGCCGUGACGGCUACACUGGCAAUGGCUACGCUUGCCAGGCCAACGAGUGCUAUCUUGGCACCCACAACUGUGAUCAAAACGCCGACUGCGCGGACACUCCCACCGGCUUUACCUGCACCUGCCGUGAAGGCUGGACUGGCGACGGCACCUCUUGCGCCGACAUUGAUGAGUGUCGCACCAUGACCGAUGACUGCGAUAUCCGCGCCGCCUGCCACAACACCAUUGGUGGUUACAACUGCACAUGCCCAGAGGGUCUCUCCGGCGACGGCCACACUUGCAUUAACGAACUGCUGUUUUGGUACGAUGCCUCCACGGGUAUCACCAAUGGCACCGUCUUUGACCUCAGUGGCAACGACAUUCAUGCCAAUGCCACCGACACCAUUUGGGUUGAUCACCCCCUCUUUGGCCCCCGCUUCUUCUUCAAUGGCUCCAACACCUCCCUGGAAGAACUCCUUCGAGUUGACCUCGACUUGAGCCCGGACAACUACCCUGAUAUUACCAUGGAAAUCUUUUUUCAGCCCAUUGAACCUGAUUGGCGUGGCUACAUUAUCGAUAGCGAUGACGGAGGCUACGAUCGCAGCUUUGGCUUCUAUGACGAGCGCUACAUCAGCCUGGAUGUGGAUGAACCCUUUGUGAUGGGGGCUGGUACCGGUUCUCCUUUCAACUCGGGACUCGGCACGCCUUGGCCCCGAUGCUGGCACAUUGCCUUUGCUGUCUUCUCUCAGGAAGAGGAGCAUGGCUCUUUCCUCACCCUCAACGGCUUUCAGGGUUACGGCACCACGGCCUACAAUAACAAAGGCAGCAGUCUACUGACCAUCGGUGGUUCAGACCGCAACGGAGGCAUGGUAGGCUACAUCAAGGACGUCAAAAUCUACAACCGCGCUCUGACCCGCGACGAAAUUUGGCUCAAAUAUCAAGCCGCGCAAAGUGAACUCACCUGCGAGUGUCUUUCUGGUUAUCGUGGCAACGAAACCACGGGCUGUGUCGAUGUGGAUGAGUGUGCCCUGUCGGAGGACGAUUGCAAUCCUUUGGGUCGAGCCACUUGUACCAACACCCUUGGCAGUUACAACUGCACUUGUAACGCUGGUUUUAUCGGUGACGGCCGCACUUGCAAUCCCGAGGACGUGGCCUGCGCCGUCUCCGUCUGGGUUGACGACGGUGACUGCUCGGCUACUUGCGGUUACGGAUGGCAACGCCAAAUUCGCGAGGUCAUCCGCCCGGCUCAAGGCAGUGGCGCCGCUUGCCCAGCUCUCACCCGCGACAUUGCGUGCUAUAGCACAGCCACGUGUACCCUCGACACAGAUGGGACUCCUCAGACUUCUGACGUAUAUGAUGUCUCCAUUUUGGUUGACACCUCUGCACUUGAUAGCUCGGCACUUCGCGUGCCGGAGGUGGCCACGGCUGUGUCGGGGCGAGGUACCAUCGUCCUUCUCGCCGAACUGGCCGAGGAUACCCAGACGGCGCUUGAAUACGCCUUCAUUCCGGCAGGCAGUGCCAACACGGCCGCCUUUGUCAGCGCUCUGCGCACCGAGCUUGCUGGCACUGGUACCGUCCUGGCCAGCAAUUUGCGGGAUUCGUGCUUUUGUCCUGGCGAGCAGGACGCACGGUCUGGUCUUGGCUACUUUGGCGCUCCUUGCGGCAACAGCACGCGCCGUGCCCCCACAUGCGGUGCUGGCUCUAGUGCCAUCAUUAACCGCGUGUGCAGUGUGGACGCCAUCUGGCUCGACGCCGUGCCCAGCAACUGCUCAAACAGUGUCUUGCAAGCCAUCAACUCCGGCUUGACCCCGUCCAACGCGCGCACGCGCUUAGCGGCUGCAGCUACCAGUGCCGCUGCUAGCUCCGGUGUGCUCAGCGCCACCGAUGUCGCCGAGGUGGGCCAGCUUCUCUCCACCGUGCUUCUUUACCAUCUUGAGGAGCAGGUGCAGUUGACGUCGCAGGAUAUGGUUUACGUCGUCCGUGCCAUCUCUGGCGUCUUGGGCACCGAGGCAUCUCAAAUCGCUGCGGGACUCAACGUCACCACAAAUGGCGCCGACUUUUUCGAAGAGCUGGAAGCGUUCCUCCUUCUUUACAUGGACGACACCAUGCCUGUCAAUUCGAGCCUGGCCAUGCUGGAACCCAACUUUGCACUUCAGUUGGUUCAUGCUCAGGAGGUGGGCGUCUUCAACGCAAGCUGGCCUCCAUCCUCCACCAGCCUUACGGAAUCUGUUGUCUGCGAGGGCGUCGGUGCCAACCAGUCGUGCUCUGUGAUCGAAUACAGCGCCGAGGAAGCCAACUUUGACCCCAACUUGUACAUUAGCCUCCCAGAGGAGGGUCUGGUGCGCGGCAUGGCGGCAGAGCAUGGCCGUCUCAAGUUCAUGAUGAGCGCCUUUGCUUCUGCUGCUCCCAUGCCGGGCACCGGCGGACUGGAUCCCAGCUCACAGGUGCUCAUGGCCACUAUUGCCGGCCUGGCAAGUGGCGCGACCUUGAACAACAGUUUCCUCACCUACAGCGCCCUUCCCACCGCCGUCAACUACACCGAGUGUGGCUACUGGGCUCCCGGCGGUUGGUCCGUGGAUGGCUGCUCCCUGGUUGAGUCUGGCACAGAGGCCGCUUCACUGGACGUUGCGGUGACCGAACCUUCUGUCAUGCAUUGCCAGUGCAACCACCUCACGCACUUUGCUAUUGUGGAGCGUGAGCAGCCCCAAGCCGCUCGCACAGAGCCCAAGCUGGCAGAUAGCAUGCGUUCCAGCGCUGCUAUCGCGGCGACCGGUCUGGCUGCCGUGCUCUGCUUGUUCCUUGUUCAAUAUCGUCGUUACUCUGUCUCGCGCGUGGCCGUCAUGCACCUGGCCGUGGCCGUCCUGGCCUAUUUGCUGCUCUUUGCCAUUACCGUGGAUCGUACGGACGAGGAGGCUUGCCGUGAUUACGCCAUUGGCAUGCACACAACCCUUACCCUGGCCUUUGCAUGGACUGUGGUGUUGGCAUUGCUGCUCACGUAUGGUCUGAAGUUGCGCAUGUGGAUCGUGAUGGUUGUUGGCUACGGCGCUCCUGGGCUGGUCAUGCUGGUGGUCCCCGUGACCUUGCACCGCUCUGCUUAUGGCCGGAACCGCAACGACUAUCUGGACAACUACAAGCAUUGCUACAUUGAAGACAGCGGCGACAUUUUCUGGGGUUAUGCGGCACCAUUGCUGGCCUUUGGCUUUGCAGCCCUAUGCUUCUUUUUGGUGGCAAUGAUGCGCGCGCUCUUCUUCUGGAAGCCGCAGCCAUUUGUCGAGGGCCAUGCGCGACCACGACGCUCCCAUGCCAUUUCCAUGGCCUUUUUCAAUAUGCUGCUUCUGGCUUUCUUGGGUGCCAUCGCUGGCACUUCGGUCUAUGGACUGAACGGCCGUGACGAUGAUUUCUACCGUCCGCUCUUUUCGGCCUUUUGCCUCUUUUAUGGACUGCUGUUCUUCCUUUUGUACGGCUUGCACGAGAUUAAGCGUUGUGUGGUUGGCCCAAGCGACAUGGAAGACCCCGACGCACCGCCGCCCCGAACCUCCUUGUCCAAGACGGAAGCAGGCACCGGGGGUCCUGACAGCGAUCAUCAUGGUGAGGAUGGGCACGGGAGUGCAAGCGACGGCAAGGAGGCCGCCCAGGGUGAGUUGCAGCCAAGCAUCGAGGAAGGCAAGGGCGUACCCCCAGUACCGGUGCCCGGCCACUGGUUCAGUCGUCGCAACAGUGGCACGCUGCGCGUCUUCACCGAACUGCCGGCACCCAAGGUGCCCAAGCCAAAGAAGGAGAAGAAGGUCAAGAAGAAGAAGAUUGAGCCCGAGUUUUUCAACUUGGAUGAUGUGGUGCAAGAUCAACCAACUCUGGACGCCGUGGAUCUGGACGACUUGGAUGAGCCGGUGCAGCUGCAAGAGAGCCGCUUGGCUGAUGAGCCCUCGAGUGCACCCGCCGCACCACUUGUGUCUUCUGCCCUGUUGAUUGAGACAGACAUUGACGCGACCAUCAUGAGCCAGCUCUCAUCUCGCCGCGCAUCGCUGUCGCUGGACGAUGGCGACGUGCCAAUUGUAAAUGCGCCCGACCCUGUCUGGCUUGACCGGUUCAACUUUUUGCCCGAGCGCCAGGCUGUGGUGCAGGUGCUGCAGGAGGCGCUCGUGAAUUACGGUGCUGAGCUGGAAGAGCUUGAAGCCCUGGAGGCCGAUGGCCUACUUGAUGGCUCGUCUUUAGCGGGUAGUCACUAUCAAGCGCGGGGUAAUCGUAACGCGCGCGAUUCAAACGCUUCCAUCAUGGACUUUGACUCCGACUACUAUGGUGCCCCCUUGGACAUGCCCGACUCGCGCCGCGUGAGUGGCGAGGUCUCCAGCCCUGUGGUGAACGAGUAUUUGGAGACGGAGGCCGUAACCAUGUCUCGCCGAGCAACGCAUCGCUCAAGCAGUCCUUUCGAGGAUUCAACUCUGAUGGAAACCAAUGAUGCCGUUCGUCAUGGUGAGGACGAUGCUGGCGAGGAAGACAAUACGGCGCCUGCGGCCGUCGAGGAGGACAUGGCCUUGUACGUGCCCUACGAUCAAAAUGCUUCUCGCUCGUCGCGCGUCAAAGCCCAAGGUACCGAAGACCGGGACGCCGGUGUCUCUGAGCCCGCUUCAGACGUAAAUGACGACAUGGCUCUGUAUGUGCCCGUUGAACGAGGUCAGCCCUCGGCGGAAAGCAUCAAUUUGCCAACGCCCUUGGCAGAUCGUGGGAGCUCCACUCCUCUGCAACACACGGCUGUAGAUGAAGACAUGGCUUCAGAGAAUGGCCUGGAAUCUCUUCCGUCCGACUUGGAUGUGCAUGAUGCGCAGGACGAGUAG